CCGCUGUCCACGUACCGCAUGACAAAACGUACAGCGCGUUGCAUGGGACCAAAUGUCAGUAGUCAGAACUCGGAGUCGCACAUAUAGCUGCUUUCGUUACAUCAUGCCACCGUGGUCUUCCGCUGCCAUCAACUGCUUGAGUCAGUACAGGAAGAAGAAGCGUCUGCGUUCCGAGAACGUACUCAACAUCUUCGCGCAGUGGCAGAGUCGCCUGGACGAAAUCGAAAAAAUACUCCAGGAUAGCCUCAACCAGGAUUUCACCGAUGGAAAGUUCACCAAAAACUUCAAGUUUGCGCCAGGUGACAGCGUUCUGGUGUUAUCGAAUUCGGGAUUGUAUUUUGCUGGCAGGGUGGCCCGUGUGUUUGGUGUUGCUGUCCCCGAAAGCCUGUAUGGCGGCGAUAAGCAAACAUUCUCCAGUUUGCCAAUAAAUCACUGGGUUGCCACAAUGGCGGUACGUUUCGAUGGCUACGGACCGCGCUGGCACGAAGUCCAUGCUGAGAACGAAAUUAUCCUCCGCCAACCAUCCUGUUUAACCAACACCCUCGGAAUGUUGUUCGCGCACGAGUUCAACACAUCGCGUUGCAUGAAAUACCAGUGCAUAAACAAAGAAAUGGGCGAAGGAACCUGGUUCCUGGAGGACGAGGUGUAUAAGUGGCUCGAAAGCCUGUGGCAACAGGAAACAGGUGAGGUCGUCACCUUUGCCACCUACUCCGGUCGCGCCCAGGCGGAAAGCGCUCUGAGCCAUCUGGCGGUUCAUUAGCGAACAUUGGCCCGUGGAUCUUACAGUUUGAUGAUAAUAGAGUGCAUGCUUUAUUUUAAAAGUGUAUAGAGAAGUGUUUUUAUUGGCCGGCCAUGAUCUGCUGGUGAAUGAUAUCUUUUCAGUUUAUACGCAAGUAAUGGUUUUGAUGGUUUUUAGAUUUUGUUUGGCUGUUUGGUUUCAACGUUCACUUCUACUUGAGAGGUACAAAACAUGCGCAGGUUUUGAUGUUUUUAGUAAGUUUUAAGAUUGAAUAUUGUAGCGUUAAUCAUUCUUGUAACGCUUUUGAACGAAAAUUGUGAUAAUAAUGUACGUGAUAAAUAA